AUGUCUGCUGACAAAGAAUUACCAAAAAUUAAAUACGCCGAAAAAGCACCAAAACUAGAUAAAGCCCAGCUGGAAUUUAUGAAAUUGAUUGAGCAACAAAACUUGGAAAGAGUUACAAAACUACAACGCGUUAAACGUAAUAAUCUAAUAACGGCCGGUGUUUUGGUUAGCUCGGUGUUGGGCAUAUACGCCUAUUCCAUAUUGUCUGUGAAACAAGAGAAAUUCUUGGAUGACUUUGAUGAGCCCGCAAAAGUCAAUAAUUAAAAGAGAAAUAAUUCUAUUUUCAUACUAUAUAU